AGGAAUGAUCCCCGACGCCGGCGAUAAGACAACUUGUCAAUUCCAGCUGUUGUCUGAUACCUUAUACGACCUACGACCAUAGCAUGCCUAAGACCGGACAGAGAAUCAGAUAACCAGAGAAAAGAACACAUUACAUCUCGCUUGGGGAGAUAAAAGACGAUUCCAUCACAUUCCAGACGAUAUCAAUCUGACACCAUCUGACGCCAUCCUUUUGUAUCAACGCUUGUUUCUCCUUAUCUGCGAUGCCUGAACAAUACCAAAAGGUCGGCCGCGGCGGUGCGGGUAACUACAUGUCCCAAAGCCAGAUCGAACAGGCGCGAGGAGCAUCAGACAAUGAUCUUGAGGCGCAGAGAAUCACCACCAACCCCGCGACCACGAGCGUGUCCAACUACGCCCGCACCGGACGCGGGGGCUCGGGCAACUUCCACGACCCGGCGACGCUCCCAGUGGUCGAGCCGAAGUCGGAAGAGACCAAGACGGUGCAGCCAACUAGUAGGACCUACGCGUAUAGUGGGCGCGGGGGGGCGGGGAAUUGGGGAACUGCUGCCGCCGCACCCGGGAUCCAAUCCACUCCGGCCCCGGAAGAGGUAGAGGCGCUGGAGCGGCAAGUGGUGCAGGACGUCGAAGCCGGGUUGGCGAUGCCGCCCAGGGCGCAUACACAGCAGACACGGGUUGUCAAGGAGGACGAUAGCAACAAGUAGGGCCUUUUUCGGGGGGGGGGGGG